GCCACUAUACAGUUUAAUUGAAAAUAAUACAGAGCAAGAACAACUCCUGUCCGGGCUGGGCUUGAAGCCCAGUCCAGUGUCCCCCUAACCCUAACCCUACCUAACCCACACGCUUCCGGUGUGUUCAGGGGAGGCGCUCAUCUCGCCGCCGGCACCGUCUUGGACAUCAGAUCGAAUCCACGGCGGUUCCGACGAUGUCGCGCUUCGAGAAGGCCGUCCUCCUCUGCUUGGCCCUGUUCGCCGCAUGGCACCUCUGCUCGACCCUGUUCGCCGACGCGCCUCCUCGUCCUGGUGGCCACUCUGCGGAGGAGAAAGCUGUAGUCAGCGGCGCGGCCGGGAACGCGUCGGGCCUGAGUCUCGCAAGGGAGGCCGGCGUCCGGGCGGCGGACGGAGCGGGGAGCAACUUCGUCAUCUCGCCGCUGUCCAUCCACGCGGCGCUCGCGUUGGUUGCCGCCGGCGCGCGGGGCGUCACACAGACGGAGCUCCUGGGGCUCCUCGGGUCAGCGUCGCUCGACGAGCUGCACCGCGCGCCGACGAUCAAACUGGUGGGCAGGCUCAACGGCCUGACGCAGACGUCCUUCGCCUGCGGCGUGUGGGUCGACCGGAGGCAGGCGCUCAGGCCGGAGUUCAUGGCCACCGGCGCGUCGCGGUACGGCGCCACGGCCGAAUCUGUGGACUUCGUGUUGGAGGCCGAGCAGGCGAGGCGGCGCGUGAACGCCUUCGUGGCGAACGUGACGAAGCAGCUCAUCCUCGACGUCCUCCCUCCCGGCUCCGUCCACUCGUCCACGGCGGUCGUCCUCGCCAACGCGCUCUACUUCAAAGGAGCAUGGUCCCAGCCGUUCGACGUCUUCACCGCGCCGUUCCACAUCCCGGGCGGCAGCACCGUGGGCGUGCCGUCCAUGAAGACGUACCAGUCACAGUACAUCGCGCUCUACCCCGGCUUCAGGGCCCUCAAGCUGCCCUACAAGAAUGAAGUGGAUCAGCAAGCUGCAUUCUACAUGCUUAUCCUUCUCCCGGACAGCUACACUCUCAGUCUCGCCUAUCUCUACGACAAGGCGGCGUCGACACCAGAGUUCAUCAAGAAGCACACGCCCGCAAGGAAGGUUCCAGUCGGACAGUUCAUGGUCCCUAAGUUCAAGUUCACGUUCGAGUUCGAGGUGUCGUCGGACAUGAAGAAGCUUGGUGUCACCAGGGCUUUCAAUAGGGGCAACUUCUCAGGCAUGGUGAGUGGCAUGGAUGAGCUCUCCAUCACCGGGGUGUACCAUAAGGCCACCAUCGAGGUGGACGAGCUAGGCACCGUGGCCGCUGCAGCCACGGCCAUCGUAAUUGGGACUACUAGUGUGGGUCGUUCAAGGGCACUGAUGGAUUUUGUGGCGGAUCGGCCCUUCUUAUUUGCCGUGGUUGAGGAGAGGACAAGCACAGUGUUGUUCCUGGGUCAUGUGGUUAAUCCUCAACUGGGCUAACUGAAUUAUUCCAUAAAAUGUGGAAUCCUUUGGUUAUUGAAUGAAACAAUUGAACAUUGUUUCUCAACUGGGCUGAAUUAGCUAAAGGAUGUGUUUCUUUUAGCUUUCUGAACCAGCUAAUUAGUUAAAGGGUCUGUUUGGUUCAACUUAAUUUGUAAUUUCUGAACCAGAUUCAUGCCCAGGAAUCCCCCGAAAAAAGAAAUCCUGGGGUACAACAAUUGUUUCUAGUUUUCUAAUUUCUGAACCACAUAUCAUUUCAGAUGUCCCCAUGUGCAAUUGAUGGUUUGUGGAGUUGCUGUUGGCUACAUGUUUCUGCUCAUUCCACUGAUGCUUCAUGCUCAGCUAGAUUUUCAGGUGGAUGGUAAGUUGCGGAUAACAACAUCUAUUCUAAGCACAUAUAUGUGAUGGAAAGGGAGGGGCAUAUACGGAUGGUCAUGUGGGUCUUCUUUGAAAUGUGCAACAGCGGUGCAAGCCAGACACUUCGGCAUACAAUUCCCUUGUUGGCGCUCAUCUGCAUUUACUGGACAAGAGUAAGGCUUUGGUGAAAACUCUCGGUUAUUUUGAAAAGGUGAAGGGCAUGCAGACUUGGAGAGAUACCAGCCGAAUAUUGUGACGUACAACAUCCUCUUGAGGGCGUGUGCUCAGGCUAGAGACACGAAACAGGUGGGCAUCCUUUCCAAGGAUCUGGAUGAAAGCCAGUCUCUCCAUAUAUCUACGCAUAUAAUGGAGUGAUUGACGGAUAUGGGAAGAUUGGCAUGAUCAAACGGAUGGAAUUUGGCUCCUCUGUCAAUAAACCCAGGCGAGUGCAAACCUCAAACUCUGCAAGAGAGUCAUCUAGAGAUUCUUUAAGCAAUUCUGAAAUGGCUGGUUCAAGCAAGCCAAUGUUAAGUGCGUUGGGACCAGUUGGUGCCUCCGAGUAAAAUCCCAAUAUAUUACCCAAUUCAAACUUUGCAAGCAAGCCAAAUGCAAAGCAAUUCAGAAACGGGCCAUGUCAAGUUAUAGGGGCUCUGUUCUGAACUGCUUCAUAGUAGAAUGUGUUCAGUUGCUUGUACCAGUGAUAUCCUAGGGAAAGGCCAUCCAUGUGAUUGGUUGCUUGAAUUGAAACCAUCCUGUGGGGUUCAAAUUUUAG